CCGCCGUCUGGCCCUGCGGACCCACCACCGAUCCAUCGACGGAUUGCCGAUCUGCCCAGCUCUCGCGUGCGCCAUGUCUGGUUCCUCCAGCGUCGCCGCUAUGAAGAAGGUGGUUCAACAGCUCCGGCUGGAGGCCGGGCUCAACCGCGUGAAGGUUUCCCAGGCAGCUGCAGAUUUGAAACAAUUCUGUCUGCAGAAUGCUCAACAUGACCCCCUGCUGACUGGAGUAUCUUCAAGUACAAAUCCCUUCAGACCUCAGAAAGUCUGUUCCUUUUUGUAGUAAAAUGAAUCUUUGCAAGGUUUUUAAACCACUUUUCAUAAACCGGUGAAUAUUCAAAGGAAAGCUAAAUCUGAAGCCUGUACAAAAGCCUGUCUCUAUAACACGUGCCAUACUAUAUAAACUUCUACUUUUGUCAGUCUA